UUUUCAAAUGAUACAAUUCUAAUAUAAACAAAUAGUCAAGGAGAAAUAAUUGGAUAGAACUCCCCAUUGAUCCAAGCUCCUUCCAGAAAGGUUAUUUAAAUAAUAAUAAUUAAGUUGCCUUCUAAAGGACAGGUUCAACAAAUUCAGAUGGGCUUCCACAGGAAAAGCACUUAGAAGAAGGAUACAACUAGGAAAAAUGUUCAGUAUCUCAUCACUGCCAGUGGAGCAGUUAGGUUGUUUUAGACUCUGGACUUAACAGUCUUAUGGGGAACUCAUCUUUAGAUAGAAAUGCUCCAAAAUGUGGUAAGCCAGCCUUGCUCUCUUUGGGACCCUCUUGCUGGGUGGGUUGCUGGACUUUUGCCCCAAACUCUCAACAACCCCACUGACUGGCACCUGCCAAACUUCUUAACAGCACUGACAUACAAUGCAGAGACCCCCUCACUUGACAAGCUUAAGGCAUAUGCCACAAUGGCAGGAAUCAUUCUUUCCUUUAGCAAACUGCACCCUACACUUUCCCUAGAACUGAACAUGGGUUCUCUGUAUUUCUCAAUUCUGUAUUAAAGCUUUGCAGAACAACACUUAAGAGAACAUGGUGUACCUGGCUGAAGGUACAGCUUGUACAACAUAUCUCUUCCUCAGUUGGUUUGCUACCUCUCCCAGAGGUGGGGGAGGGGAGGGAGAGUCAUUGUGUCUCUCUAAAUGGACUAGACACUAAGUAUCUCAGAUAUCUCACAGGUUUUGGACUUGCUGAGGGCCUCUUCCCCUUCACAAAAGGCCUUUAUGUGUUGUACAAGUGUAGAUUAUCAUGUGUGAUGGCCCUGCAUAGACCUAGCAUCAGCACUCAGCCUGGGCAGGCACUAGUCGAGGGCCCCAGAGGUUUUGAAGGGCUCCUCACCAUUCACUGCAUUUACUGCUGGGCCCCAAGAUGCUUUUCAGCAGCUCUCAUCCACAUGGCUGCCCACCAUUUUAGGUCACUCAAGAGGUAGUGCCCCAGCCCAUCAAUCUGUGGAAUUUAUUGAUUACAUAGCUGUAUGGGCCAGGGCCUGGCAUUUUGGUUAACUUAACCUAGACGGUGCACAUGAUAAAAGUUCCAGUUCAAAAGUGCCACUUCUCAUCCAGCUCUGAGAGGUGUUUGUGUGGUAGACGACAAUGAGUGACACCAUCUCAAAGCAACAGGUGCAGUGCUGGUCCUUCUCUGGCUGGGGGGACUUUUGCAGGGCGAGGCCCCGUCAUUUACACCAUGCAUGCGCAUAACUUGCUGUAGUUAUGUACAGUCAUCACACAUGAUGGUCUGUGUGCAGAUAAAUUGGUGGGCGUGCCCACACUUGGAAACCACGACGCAUGGUUGGCAACUAAGUCUGCCAUGUCAGUGUCUUCUGGUCUCUUGUCUUAAAAAUAGGAACUAUAGUGAUACAUUUGAUAGGAAUGUUGUGAGGAAAGACUAUACAAAUAAUAUGUUUCAGCCAGUUCCCAAAUUCCAGCUCUUAGUUGCAUUCCUCUCUGGGGGUAGGGAAAAACCUGCAACCCUUUGCAAAAGCAAAGGAAGGGGUGAAGCUAUGCCGUUGAUGGCGAGCUAAACGCUGUGGGCCACUAUAAAUGGCUGGCAAACUGGGGCAUAAUGGAAAGGAGGUGAUCAAGUUUAUUCCCUCCCCUAGCAGUCUCCCCCAUAGUGCACCUGUUUGUAGUCCUAUGUAAGCAAAUGGCUGGCAUUCACUUCUGCGGGUCCCUGAAAUGCACGGGUCUCUCCACACACACAUUCAGCCUAUUACAAUGAUGCCAUUGUCCCAGCUCGGUCUUUAUAUGUCAUAUACUACCAUAUGAAUUUGGGGUGGGGCACUGCAGAACAGAAGAUGCUUGCUUCUCACUGCUAACCCCCACCCUCCCAUGUAGGACAAAGUUAAAGGGAUGCAAUUGGCAAGACUUCGGGGGAAAUGGGAAACCCAUUCUUUCAAGUAAAGAUGGGGUAGCCAGGGGAAGAUUUGGACUGCAGUUGGAGGCAUCAUUAAACUGAAGUCAAACCCUGUAUCCCACGCUUACACUUACACUUCAGUUGUGCCCUCUCCACAGUAUUGCUACAUGCAGUCUUGUUAGUUGUUUCUUGCAUGUGCCAAUUCAUCUAUUCUAGGUUGCUCCAGAGGGAACAACUAGGAGGUAUUGCUGGAGGUAUUUCAACAGAGGCUCAAGGAGGUAGUAGUUACGUUUUGCACUGAGCGAGGGGAAACAAUAGAUUCCCAACUUAGUGAUUCCAUGGUUUGUACCCAAUGUAGUGCUAAGUUACCUAUUGGUAUACUUGUUGCACUGGCAGAGCAUUGUUGCACAAGGAAAACCGUAAGCACUGAAGAUUAAGUACUCUCAGCAUCCCUAGCCAUUGACUGUGCUGGUUAGAGGGCACCACAUUGGCUGUGAUUGCCUUCCUUGAACAUGUUGGGAUUCAUGUUGAUGGAAGACAGAAACCUCAUACCAAAAGCAUUAAUAAUUUUGCUAACUAUCCCAAACAGAGGAAAAGAACUUAACACCAGAAAACAUUUUGCAUGCAGGGAGAAGCCCAGUUUGAUCUGAUAGGGCAUGCACUCCAGUUCUUCUUGUCUCAGAUUCCUUGGUUCUGGGGAACAGUGGCCUGUCUUCCUGGGGCAGUUUGCCAUCAGCCUAGAUUGCUGGCACAGCUGUAACUAUCAGUGUCAUUCACUAGAGACAGAUACAUUUUCUGUCCCUACACCUUUCUUAUAUGAAAAUAGGAGGCUAUCUCAAUCUUUCAGAGGAAAUGGUUCUCCCUUUGAAGAAAAGCAAUGCAUUCUUUUUAAUGUGUGAAAUAGAUCCCUAUGAACAAAUGCAAUCCCCUGUAACUUUAUAAUUGGAAUGUAUGAGGCACUCUGCUUUAAAUCAGCUCCAAAUUCAGUACAAUGCAUUUUCAUUGAUGAACUUCAGUUUUACAUAAAAGGUCAGUUAAAGCCUUACUCUUCUCCCCACCUCUUUUAAUUCUCUUCCACAUCAGCAGAUGAAGUCAGACCUGGGUGUUCCUUGUGUUUCCUUAAAUACCAAGAAGAAGACAAAAGAUAUUUAAAAUUGCACAGGCUUUUGUACUUGAUGGUUGUGGGAGGGAAACAUACCAAAACAUGCCCUUUUCUAAGAUGCAUCAGCUUUUACACCUUCCUGGAAAAUACAAAAGGGUAUAAUAAUAUUUAUUUAUUUUUAAUAAAAAAAACCUCUAAGAAAGGGGGGGUACCCUUCUAAACAAUAGAAGACCUUGUUAUGGUGUCACUUUCCACGUCAUAUGAAAAUAUUUUUCCAAAGUUUGAAAGCAUUUGUAAAAGAAAAAAGCACCACAAGUAUCUAGAGAUUUCCCCCUCUCCUUUAUAUAUAAAAAAACAAAAACCCAACAAAGCAAAGUUCUUCCCUCCCCACUCCCUUCUCUUUCCUUAAAAGAGAGAGAGGGAAAAAAGAGUUUAGAAAAUUUCACUUUUCUAUUCACUGCAGUUCUGGCCAAAGUAAAGCCCUCUUUUUACAUUGACGUCAAGAUCUUUACUAAGAUUAGGGUUUCAUUUCUCUAUUGCAGCAAUUAGCCAGGGAAUGUAUAAAAGGCUUGAGGGAAGCCGGCUAGAACUCCAGAGGGAAAGCACUUUGUACCACAGGCAGAUAGUGAGAGGGAGAGAGAAAGAAGAGUGUGGCAGGAGAGAGUGAGAGAGAGAGAGAGAGAGAGAGAGAGAGACGGAGGCAGCACAGAGAGAGAGAAGAGCAGAAAGUUUGUGUACAAAGAUUUCUUCCCACCCACCCCUCUUCCACCAAACGAAAAAAAGUAUUGUUUCACCUGAGAGCUUUGGUGAUAAAAGGAAUGAGAGAGCGAGAGUGCUAGAGCUGCUCAGCGCUUUUCAAUACCUCAGAGUUAGAGGAAAGUUAGCAGUUUGCUCAGCUUCAGUUUUAGAACUGCAAGCAAUUGGCAGCGCAGCUGUCUCUCCCUGUAGCGGACUGAAAAGGGGCUACUGGCUAAGGAGAAACAACAACACAAAGUUUGACUUAGGAGUUUCUGAAAAAUUAAAAGCAGCUCAGGGUGGAAAAGAUUUUCAUACUGGCGUUCUGAGUUAAUGUUUUUCUUCCUUCCUUCCUUUCAUUAAGCCCGUGCUCCGCUGCACUGAGGCAACUCUACGAGAAGAGACAGGGCACCAUGAGUUUUUAAGGAGCACUUUGUUUUUCGUUUUAAUUAUUAUUGUUAAUGAGAGCACAGGGCAUGACGAGGGAACUCAAGGGAAGCCUCUGAAGAGCAGCAGCAAGCAAGAUGGGUCUCUUAAGUGUGGACCUGUUGAUCACCCUUCAAAUCCUGCCGGUUUUUUUCUCCAACUGCCUCUUCCUUGCACUCUAUGACUCGGUGGUCCUCCUAAAGCACAUGGUGCUUCUUCUGAGCCGCUCCAAGGCUGCACGUUGCGAGUGGCGAAGGAUGCUCACGUCGGAGGGGCUGCGCUGCGUCUGGAACAGCUUCCUACUAGAUGCCUACAAACAGGUGAAACUGGGCGGAGAAGCACCUAACUCCAACGUGAUUCACAUACCCAAUGGUACCAGUGACAGCAACAGCAGCAGAUGGAAAAGCUCUGGUGGGAAGUACGGCACCGAGUGCCACCUAUUAGACUUUGCCAAAUCGGAGCGCCCGCUGGUGGUCAACUUCGGCUCGGCCACCUGACCCCCCUUCACAAACCAGCUGUCGGCCUUUGGCAAGCUGGUGGAAGAGUUCUCCAGUGUGGCUGACUUCCUGUUGGUCUACAUUGAUGAGGCUCACCCAUCAGACGGCUGGGCUGCUCCUGGUAUCUCCUCCUCAUUUGACGUCAAGAAACAUAGGAACCAAGAAGACAGGUGUGCAGCUGCUCACCAGCUUUUGAAGCGUUUCUCCUUGCCGCCUCAGUGUCAGAUAGUGGCAGACUGCAUGGACAACAAUGCAAACGUGGCCUACGGGGUCUCCUUUGAGCGUGUGUGUAUUGUACAAAGACAAAAAAUUGCCUACCUAGGGGGCAAGGGCCCCUUUUUCUACAACCUCCAAGAAGUUCGACUUUGGUUGGAGCAGAACUUCAGGAAAAGAUGAAGUGUCUAGACUUACUAGAGGAAAAUACGUUGCACAUAGUGCCCCUUUAAAGCAAUGCAAAAGGGAAAGAAAUUGCACCCUGUUGUUGUUUUUUUUGGAUAGGUUUUUUUUUUUUGGCCUGUUACUGAACAGCAGGCCAAAUCAUAUGGCCAGAUCAACACAACAGACCAUGAAAGCGAAAUGAAACCCGAAUUCCCCAUCAUCUUCCCAAAAGGGAGCUGAGAGAAGCGUUCUGUUUGGGACAGAAAGACUGGUGAGAUGAGAUUCCUGUGCCAUGAGCAGGUGAUCUUUGUGUUGAGGUGUUUGGUGCAGAAGGAACCAAAAGCAUCGCUUCUAGAACAGUUUGUUGAAAAGGCUAUACCAUCAUUUGAAGGGGUAUCUCUUUGCCCUCCCAUGUUUGUCCUGCUGAAUUCAAAUGUAGCAAAAUUAGAAAUUUGAGGCUUGCAAGUGCCAUGAAAUAGAACUAUUCCUUUUUGAUAGAUAGAGAGGGUACGGCUUUAUAGAUACUGCGAGUUCCAGCAUCUGCUACAAACUGGCUAGUCAGUUGACCUCUUUUUUUGCUGAAAGUAUUGGUGUUCACAACUAGAAAUCUCUCUUUGCAGUAUUGUACAGCUGCAAUUCAGAAAGCUUUUAAUCUAAACAGAUGAUUUGAUGCUAGCUGGUUUCCAUGCUUUUGAAACAAAGAGAUUCAGCUUAUACAUUCAUGCAUAGCCCCUGCACUGUGGUCUUCAAAUCUUAAGGAGACUUAAAGAUUUCACAGCACCACCCAACAUGAAAAACACAUAUGUCUAUUUUAAGAUCAUAGGCUAUAUCUCAAAAUCUAACUUCAUGAUAAUGUUGCGGCAGAGCAGUCCACUUUGCGCCGGAUCACUUCAGACAACCCAGUUCCACUGGAUUCCCACCACUUAGAGGCAGCAAUGGGAUGAGGGGGAAGACUUGUUAGUUUGGAUUCACCCCUGGGUUAUUUUGCCUUGCCAAAGCCAACUUACAUAAUGAAAAUGUAAUGGUAGGAAAUGUAUUGUCCUACCAUGCCUGAGCUUGAAUGCAUCCAAGAUAGCUGACUCAUGUCAUCUUGUGUGAGAAAAAUCUGCUAAGAUAACUCACUUGGGUCUCAGAAUCAUCAAAGACAAAGUGUUCUUACCAUGUCAGCAUAGAUCUUGUAUUCUCAUCAGAUGAAGAAUUUAGGGAACAGUCACAUGGCAGCAUUUUUUAAUAUGCAGUUCCACUUGACCACACCCAGUUGGGAGAUCAGAAAAUGUUGCCCUCUGGGAUCCCACCGAUGAAAAUUCUGCAGCCCCUGCUGAGUCCGCACCAAACUAUUCAGCUGUGUAGACCAGCACAGGCAAAAGAACACUAUCAGGGACAGCAUGUGCUGAUACUGUGUGUCUGAUCUCAUCAUAAGGAGCCACAUAAAUGUGCCCUUAGGAUUGCUAUGUGCUUAACAUUAUGCCUGCACUCAGAUAAUCUCUGAACAGGGAGAAGCUCAUGUGCUCUGUGCUGUCAGAUUACCUCCAUGUAGGAAAAAUAUUGUGUGUGUCGUAAUCUUUAGAAAGAGAGUGAGGGAAGAAAAGUAAGGCAGGAGUAAGGCAAGAAAGAACACACAGGCCAGGAACUUCAUUGUGGGAGAGCCAUUACAACAUUUCAGACAGUGGGACCAUUUGUGAAUUCCUUCACCUGGGCUUUCUUGGACUGGGUGUACGUGUGUUCACAACCUCCUAGAAGCAACCUUGGUUUAACACUAGCUUUGGAUGCAUGGAACUGAAACAAUUUAUUAAUCAGUGUACUUGCUUGCUUUUCUGAAGAGAAACAGCAGCCACGAGUGCAGCUGCAACAACAACAGUACAAUUAGGAUUAGAAGUUACUGUGUGUUUAGUAGGUGCUCUUUUAAAAAAUAAUUUAUUGCAGUUAGAAGCCAUGAUGCAGAUGCUGUAUUUUUGUGUGCGGGUGAAAAGGAAAGGGGAUAGGGAGGGAGAUAAAACACCACUUUACCUCAUUGGUAUUGAAACUUUGUCCAUUAGUUAAAUGUGGUUGCGUCGAUAUUGCCCUCCCUUCUGUUCUAGAAGUUUGCAAUUAGUUUUUAAUCAGAUUAGUUUGGUGAAGUUAGUUCAGCAUGAAAGAGGUUUCACCCUCAGGGCUGAUGAAUUGCAGAGCUGCAGAGGGCCAGCUGCCUUUGCCCAGCUUCAUUUUCUAAGGAGCUUCCUUGGAAAAUUCAUGUCAGCCGCAUAGGUACUACUUUCCUUCCCCUUCCCCUCCACCACCAUUUCAAGCAUGAUGAAGACUAGAAAUACAAUAGUUGGUAUGAGUUUUUCAGGAGUGGUUUUGAUAGCGACACUGAGCACAAGCCACCUUAAAAACACACACACACAAAAAAACAAACCAGGGGAAGUAAAGCAAUUUACAUCAGUGGUGGAAACCAUUCACCAAUACCCAGAAGUGUUCCUUCCCCACCUCUUCAUUUAUGUUGCCUCCUUAUUUGUAGAUUCAGCCUAUCUUUAUGUUUUGAUGUUGGCCAGUCCAGCUCAUGCACAUGGCAUUUUUAGAACGUGCUUCUCUCCACUGCAGGUAUGCAAACUUGACAGUGUGGUAUGAAUGCUAUUUCCCCCUCCCCUCCCCAUGUCCUCUUUCAUUCCUUUCCUCCCUUAUACAGACGCACAGCACUUGGCCACACAAAUACUGAGAGAGGGUUUUGGAGAAACUGACAGGAUGAACGAAGUGUGGAAAGCUGGCAGUUGGAAGACGUAGGGAAGGGGUGUGCUCUUGGGGUCGAGGGUAUUGCACAGAUGUAAGGGCUUGAGGAGGGAAGUAAAGAGGGACAGUGUUAGGGAAGGUGGGCUUCUUUAGCUCGGGGUGAAGAAGAUACUACUGCAAAGAAGGGGGGGAUAGACACAGGAACAAUGGUCAAUAUGGAAGGAAUGCAGGUCUUCCUAGGCCUAUUGGCAGGUACAUGAGACAGUGGGAUUGUCCAUACUUCUGCAUGUCUCAUGCUCAAAAUGGUGGUGUUCUGCUCAACGCAUUCCUUUUUCCCGAGGAAAAUCUGUCUUUAGUGCUAAAUCGAGGCAAACAUCAAUCCAGAGAAAACCCAAUUUGCCAUUUGCUCUGAUUGAGCACUAAAGAGCAGUUUUCCCCGGGGAAAGCAGCGGUACAAGAGGAAGUAUGGAUGAUCCCCAAUUUCUUAGCUGAUUCUUUUUAAAAACAACAACAACAAAUAACUAAAUAUUAGUACAAAGCCUGAUUUUACCCUUGUGAAGAAUAGAAGCAAUUAUCAGAUUAACUGUGUGUUCUCAACUAUAUUUAAUCAGAAGUAAGUCCUACUGAUUUCAAUUGACUUACUGUCCAGUGACUGCAUGUGGGAUUGCCACCUAAUUCAUUUAUUCAGUAUCCUGUUUCAAAUAGUUGUCAGGUUUUAUUAUAGAGGCAAAUUCAAAAAUCCAAUUUAUGGCUUUUUCCAGAACAAUUUAGCAGUGACUGUUAACGCUUAUCUUUUAAAACCACAAUGGAGACACAGUUAAGCACUUUAAGCACUGUGUUAAAGAGGUGCUGUGCUAAACAGGUUUGCCUGGAAGUGAAAACCAAUAGGUUCAAAGGGCCUGAAUCGCCCAAGCCUACACAUGGUAAUGCCAAAGUAAGAUCAAAUGUGUUCAAUGGGCCUCACAAGUCAAUGUGCAUAGGCUUGCAGCUGCACCUCUGGAUAUAAUCAAUGACUUAUCAAUUCAAGAAGUUCAUUUAGUGGGAUAUACAAUGCCAAAUAAUUUAUUUGAUCACAUUCAAAUUUGCUGUCCUGUCAUUUCACAGAAUGUUCUUUUUCUCACAGUAUUAAGGAAAAUGAGGCAUUUGGUUCCAUUAUUGUUUCCUUACACAACCACAACCUUGUUGCUUUAUUUUAUUUUUUUAGUCCCUCUAUGUUUUUGAUCAUUUUUAUCCUAUUUUGUUUUUUUGGCAAAUGCUCUAUUUUCAUGUUGGUGAACAUAAAACACAAGUCACUAUUCUGGAUGGUGACAGAAGUUGGUUUGCAUGUUUAUGCUCUUUAUAUUCAUUCUUCAGGCUUUUUUUAAAAAAAACAUUUAAAAAAAUUUGUCAAAAAUUCUAAUUCCUUUUCAUUUAUAUGCCUUGGAUAGAAAGACCAACCAAAGUGUUUUCUUGACAGUUGGAACAUACCUUAAACUCAGAAUAGGGAUUGUGAGUGACUAAACUAUAAUACAUUUACAUAUCUAAAGUCACUGCUAUUUUGCAUGGCUAUUUUCUUCCUUUUGGUUUUCCAUUAUUCUGAGAUUUCUUCUUAUGUGUGAAAUGCUUGUUAUUCAUAGAUGUCUGUUCCUCACACAGUGUGAGGAUUAGGAAACGGACAUAUGUCAAAGGAAAAUCCACCAGCUUUCUUUCUUUCCAAACAACACAGAUUUCUGACUCUGUUCAUAAACUUAAUUAUGCCCAUCAGCUCAACACAAUAAUCAUGACAGAGUUACCUUCUUAAAAAAAACUCCACUAGAAAACAGCAGACCAAAAGCCCAGAGGAAAAUACAUUCCCCCACCCCCCAAAAAAAA